CAAAUAAUAAACUACGAUAUAAUUUUAAUUGAAAAGAUCAGGUUUGAAAAGCCCUCAGCUAUGUGAUUUAUAGACUUGUGCCGAAUUUUAGCAAAAGUAUGGAUAAUAACUUACCUUUAAUAAUUUGAAUACUACUGUAAUAAAGCCGAAGUUUGUCGAAUACUGGAUAUUGCAGACUUCAAAAAUAAGAAUUUAUGUUUAUCUACUUCGAAACGGAAUUCGCAUAUCGUUCUCAUUAAUAAUAUAAAAUAAAAAAGCUGUAUACUACAAUGCAGGAGUUUCGUGUCAUAAUAGAAAUUAAUGAUGAAAUUGAUGAGGACGAUGUCCGUAGAACGGGGCUACAGAAGAGGGUAAGAUUUAGGGAUAAUAGAUCAAGCAAUUUGCAAGUGCUCAACAAUCGAACUUUGCUAUUCAAAGAUUUGGAUUCAAAAAAUGUACGUCAUUUUCGAUUUGAUCACGUAGGUUACAAUUCGGAUUCAUCAAAGGAUAAUAAUAUUGAUGAAAUAAUGGAUCAAUUGUUAUUAGAGCGACAACCGUGCUGUCUUAUGAACAUAAGACAAUUUCGCAAAUGUCAAAUAGAAUUUUUAGUCAAUACUCUUAUUUAUGCUUUGACUAAAAAAUUAAAAUUAUUCCAUCUUGAAUUAAACUCCAUAAAGUUGGAUUCCUAUAUUGACGUACGUAAAAAUGAUUUAGUUAAUUUAUUGUCAAGUGAAAAAAAACAUAGACAUAAAAGCGGGUCACAAACGAAGUUCACUUUUAAAAAUCUUGGCGAGCUAAAAAGUUGGCUGGAAUAUGGUUACUUGAAAUUGUGGUCAAUUUGUAAAGAGCACGAAUGCUUUGAUUUCAGUUUUACAGUGUCAGAUGUAAAAGGCACAAAAUGUAAUGCUCAACUAUCUUUAGUAAACUUCUAUUUGGAUUUAAUGGAUUCGAAUACGCAGUUUAUCCUCGGGGCUAUAUUGGAAAAUCAUAAACGGGAGAUGAACAGCACCACAUUAACUGAUUUCAUAAAAGACUAUUUCAACUCAACUUUUCCUGUUUGGUCCGUCUACAUGAUAUUCAAUAUACCAGCGAUUCCAGAUAAUACGGCUUUAUGCGAGAAUAUACUAAGAUUAGCUUCAGCUGCUUACUUCGGCAUGUAUGCGUUAAAAUCAAAGGCUUUGGAUUCUGCUAGUUUAACAAGUCAGUACGCAUUUCUGGUAUCGUCAUCUACAAAUAUAAAGAAACAAGAAUCGGAAGUAGUUCCAGAAAAAAGUGUAAUGAUAAGCAAUGAAAAAACUGCAGUCGAUGUUUUAAGGGAUAGAAUAGAUGAGAAGUUCAAUAUUGUGAUGGAUAUAAUGCAAAAGUAUUAUGAACAUAAAUUUAGCAGUCAAAUUGAGGAAUUGUGUUAUGAAAUAAAGAAUUUAGUUUAUGAAAAAUCUACAAAGUCGGACACAAUGAUCCAACGGAAGGAAAAGAUACGUGAGGAAAGACAACAGAUUGCGGAAGAGUAUCAUGAAUCUUUAAUUGCAUUUCGAGAAGUCGAGUUGAAAGUGUCACAAUCGCAAUAUGAGGCUAUACUUCGGGAUUAUUUGGAAGAAAAGAAAUAUGAGCUAAGGACUUACGCACUUCAGCACAAAGUAAAGCAUUUGGCAAAAUGUGAAUCCAGCGUAAAGGAUACUAUAGAUGCUGAAAUUUUUAUGCUGAGUAGCGCAUUUGAAGCAAAUGAACAAGAACAUAAAAUAAUAAUAUGAUUAUUAUUAAAGUAUGUUAAGUUAUUUAAAAGAUAAGUAAACUUCUUAGAGUUAAGAAACGAAAGUAACUAAAAAAAGUGAAAUCUUGAAAAGAAAUAAAUCUUAAUAAAGUGACAGGCUAAUU